UUCGCGUAGCACAAUCGCAUCAAACAGAUCGUAAGUUGACUGUGGAUUAGUGCGACAAACUCAGAGUAUCAUCAGUAUCGUAAGAACUCUCGUGCCGCACAGAGUUAUCGGACGGAAAGACAUUUAAGUAUAACUUUUAAUUACGGUUGUGAAGUCACCAUAAAAUUGUCGUUCAAGAAGGGACCAGAUAACAUGACCGCAGUGCAGCCAAUCCAGUCCAAUGGAAUUAUAAAAGGGUUUACGAUAGACGAAAAGGGGAUAACGGAUAAAGGUUCCUAUUAUGCGCCUUGUAGCGAAACAGGACUCGAUGGACCUGAUCAAGUGUUGCCCAGUGAUACUCAGACGAGUUCGAAACCAGAUGGUCGCGUGCGAAUACAAUUAAAAAAGGAAGAUAAUGAUUCGAGCCCCCCCCUAUCAGUUCCUGGAUUGCUGUCAAGUAUAGCUAAAAAGCAUCCUAAUCAUGUGGCUCUUGUGUCAAGAUGUGACACCAUGGGUAAAAGAAAAAAAUACACUUACAGAGAGUAUGAACAGAAUGUCAGAACUGUGGCCAAAGCUUUCAUAAAAUUGGGCUUAGAACGAUUUCAUUCCGUCUGCAUUCUAGGAUUCAAUUGUCCAGAAUGGUUCUUCUCAGAUCUCGGUGCUAUAUACGCAGGAGGAUUCGCUGUUGGAAUAUACACUACCAAUUCACCAGAAGCAUGCCAAUAUUGUGCUGAAAACAGUAGAGCGAAUAUAAUAGUUGUCGAAGACACGAAACAAUUGGAAAAAAUAUUACAGAUAAAGCACAAUCUACCCCAUUUGAAAGCAAUCAUCCAGUACGAAGGCACACCAAAAGAAAAAGACGUUUUGAGUUGGAAUGAUUUAAUGAAAAUUGGAGAACAAGAAUCGGAUGACAAGUUAAACGAAGUUUUGAAGAGAAUCGCAGUAAACGAAUGUUGUACUUUGGUUUACACGUCAGGCACUGUUGGAAACCCAAAGGCUGUGAUGUUAAGUCAUGACAAUCUUACACACGAAGUUCGAAUGAUUACUCGUACUCUUAAAUUAAGCGAAGCAAAGGAUGUUUUAAUUAGUUAUUUACCGUUAUCUCAUGUUGCAGCACAGAUAAUCGAUAUAUUUUGCGGCAUUACUGCAGCCACCACGUUGUACUUUGCGGACAAGAAUGCCCUUAAAGGUAGCUUAGUUGAUACUCUAGUUGUGGCAAGGCCUACAGUUUUCUUAGGGGUACCUAGAGUGUGGGAGAAGAUUUACGAAAAAAUGCAAGUUGUUGCACGUAGCAAUGGAUUUGUUAAAACGUGGAUUGCUUCUUGGGCGAAAGCACAAGCACUUCAUUAUAAUUUAAAUAAAAUGAACGGUACAGACUUCAAGCAUUGGGGCUACCUAUUUGCCAAGUGGUUAGUUUUUAGCAAAGUAAAGGCUGCACUUGGUUUGGAUAGAUGUGAAUUUUGUGUUACUGGAGCUGCACCCUUAAGUACCGAAAUCAAGCAAUACUUUUUGAGUUUAGACAUUCCAAUAUAUGAGGCAUAUGGAAUGUCUGAAUCUACUGGUGCACAUACUUUAGGCACAGAGGAAAAUUUCAAGCUAGGUAGUGUUGGCAAAUCUCUAUUGGGAUUUGAAACAAAGUUAGAUAAUGCAGAUACUAAUGGUGAAGGGGAAAUUUGUAUGCGUGGAAGACACGUAUUUAUGGGAUAUUUAAAUGAACCUAAAAAAACUGACGAAUGUUUAGAUUCAGAGGGAUGGUUACAUUCCGGUGAUUUAGGAAAAUUAGACUCAAAUGGAUUGUUAUAUGUUACAGGGAGAAUAAAAGAAUUAAUUAUUACUGCUGGUGGAGAAAAUAUACCGCCAGUUCAUAUAGAACAGCUAGUAUUAGCUGAAUUACCUGCAUUAAGUAAUGCCCUGUUAAUUGGAGAUCAACGAAAGUACCUUACUAUAUUAGUUACUCUAAAGACUGAAAUGGAUACUACUACUGGUGAACCAAAAGAUGAUUUCACUACAGAUACAUUAAAAUGGUUAAGAUCCAUAGGAAGUAAAUCACAAACACUUUCAGAUGUUCUCAGUACACAUGAUCCACUUGUAUAUGAAGAAAUUGAUAAUGCAAUUAAAAGAGCCAAUACUAAAGUUAUUAGUAAUGCACAAAAAGUACAAAAAUUCCAAAUUUUGCCACAUGACUUUUCAGUUCCCACUGGAGAAUUGGGACCAACACUUAAAGUUAAAAGGAGGGUUGUUCAUGAAAUGUACAAAGAUUUGAUAGAAGAUAUGUAUAAGUAAAUGUACACAAAAGUCCUAAUUGUAUAUUCUAAAAACAACAAAUAUUUCUAAAGUAAACACAAAAUUUACUGCCAAUAU